CAUGCUUUGAAAACACUUGCUUUCCUUCCUCUUACUGAUCCUCUCCAGAGACUCAGACACAGGAGGGUGAAGGAAGCUUCAAGAAAAGCCCGAGUUUAAGCCAUUGUCGUCAUUCCCUGCAGCCUCAUGGCCAGCAUCGGACGCAGCGCGCCGCUGCAGCAGCAGACGCCGAAGAGCAGCGCACUUGUUGAGGAUCCGGAUUUCCAGGAGCUGGUGGAGAGGAGCCGCAGCCUGGCACUAAAGAUCCUGCAAUCCAUUCCUGACACGCACAAAUCGUGCAUUCACAGCCAGAACACACUGCAGCUCAACUCACCUGACAAUUUGAGGUUUGAGUUCAUGGCCAACAGCAUUGGCAUCCCUCCUACCCCUGUUGUCACACCAGUGUCAGAAAACUUCAGCCUGAAUACCAGUUUGAAAAACAUGUCUGAGGGGCUCCAUCAGUUCAGUGCCUUACUGAGCACCAUCUCAGAGAGGCUGCAAAAUAAGAACAAAGUGGUGGAAUUAAUGUCUGACAUCAAGGAUCUCACUAUUCAAAUCAAUAAGAUGCAGAAAAUGCUUCACAGAGACUCUGUGGUGCAGUCAACACCAGCGCCAGUGUCUCUACAUAUUGAUGGACAUUACGAGGUUCAACUAGCAGCACAUCUGACUCUGGUGAAGCUCCAGUCCUUUGGACAGGACAUAGUGCGCUGCCUCAGGAGUCUGGACUGCAGUGAGGACGAAAACACGGAGAGCUGACCAUCACACGCAUUAGUGUGACUGCUUUUAGCUUGGCCCCCAGGUGUAGGGUUUGGGAGACACAGCAGUGCUGAUGGCCUCACAACAGUAUUUUUUUAACAAAUAAUUUAUUUAUGUUGUUUUUAUACAUUUCAGUUUUAAAUUUUAGAUAACAUUUUAUCUUAAUAUAUCCUACAUACAGCCAUACAUAAUGUAACACUGAAAACAUUGACAUGUUCUCUGUAACACAGCAAAGUGAAUUUAUGGCAAUAUUUUCAACUACAUGCAUUGGUUAAAAGCCAGGAAAAGACACUCACUCAUAAGUAACAACAGAAAUAUGAGGAGGGACAGGAUGAAUCGUACACAUGUCCUGAAAUGACUGAUUCCAGGAGUUAAUGUUGGGGCCUCAGGGUUCAUGUGUGGUGGGAGUUUUUUAUUUAAUUUAAUUUUUUUACUACUUUUACUAAUUCUGUCAUUUUGUUACGCAUGUAUUUAUUUAUUUGUUAAACUCAUAUUUAUUUUUCUAUCUGUCCAUUAUAUAUUUAAAUAUUUAUGAAGAUGAGCGAUAUAUUUAUUUAGGGAAUUUAUUUUUAAUAACAAUCAAGCUUUGUAUCGUACUGUUAAUUGUUAAAUAUUUUAACUUAAGACUUUGUGUGGCAGUUCAUUCUAGUAACACCUAAUGACCAAACUACAAACCAUGUAUAGAUAUUGUUCAGUAAUGUUCUUCUGAUUCCAUAACAGCAGAAAAUAAUUUAGAUAUUUAUGAACUUAUUUUAAGACCUUUAGCAUCAACCAGGUGUAACUACUAAUUUUUUGGGACAUAUUUUGUACUCUUUGUUGCUCAAUAAAAACUGCCUUU